UAUAUUUGAGGUAGAUCUUGGACUGCACUUAAAUUCAAAAAGUGAUCUCAUGCUUAAAAAGGUUGGAGACCACUGGUGUAGGGACAACUCUAAUAGCCACAAACAGAGCUAGCUUCUCUGAAUGCAUCCUGUUCUUUUUUGAACCCAGUAUGGUUCUGGCUUCCACAGGUGAAGAAGUACUUUCUUGUAUUUGUUUAAAAUCAUUAUUAAUUUCAUUGAGUGACCCUAUUUCUUGUGAUAUGUAAAGGAUAUAAUAAUGACAGUGAAGAGGACAUGUUUGGUGACUAUGACAGCUUUUCUGGAAAUGAUUCUUUGUUAGCUCAAGUUGAUAAUAUGGAGCAAGAAUGUAUUCAAUCUAUUGACAUGACUUCAUAUACUAAAAACAAGGAAGACCAAGCUGUUUCAGAGCCCAUGUUUGAGGAUCUUCAGUUACAAAAUGCCAAAAGCAUGGAACUAGUUUUUUCUGCUGCAGGAAAUGGUACAGGCUUCAAAACUGAAGAAGGGAGUAAUUUCUGGAGGACCACAAAUGAACAAGAGAACAGGGCUCUAGACUCUGGAGACUGUAUUUCAGAAGAGUUGCCAUCUUCACAGCUUCUAUAUUUUCAGGAAAUGAGUAAGACCUCAGUUGAUUCUAGAAAACCAUCAGAUACAAAAGAGCGUGGUAAAGACAUGAAUUUUUGCCUUGAUAAAAUGUUGAAUCAGUCUUGUCCCCAUAAUGCAGAACACAACAAAAUAAAUAAUGUAUUGUCCCCAAGCACCACAUCCAGCCUGAGUAAAAGACAGAGUCUCAAAGAUCACCUCAAAAAUACUAUGACUGGAAAUGCCAAGGCUCAGACUCCACAAUUUUCUAGAACUAAACAGCUCAAAGAAGCUGUUCUGUCAGAAGAAAUUUGUGUUGCCAAGAAAACCAUUGAAACGUCUUCUGUUGACAUUGGCCCAUUUUAUGGGUUACCCAGUAAAGUUAAAGAUCUCUUAGUCCGCUUCCGAGGAAUUGAGAAACUUUAUGAGUGGCAGCACACUUGCUUAACAUUAGAAUCUCUGCAGCAAAGAAAGAACUUAAUAUAUUCAUUGCCAACCAGUGGUGGAAAAACACUUGUAGCUGAAAUUUUAAUUCUUCAAGAAUUACUCUGCAGACAGAAAGAUGUUUUAAUGGUUCUGCCAUAUGUGGCUAUUGUCCAAGAAAAGGUUUGGGCCUUAUCAAGUUUUGGAAUAGAGCUAGGCUUCUUGAUUGAAGAAUAUGCAGGAAGUAAAGGAAGAUUUCCUCCAAUCAAAAGGAGAAUGAAGAAAUCACUGUACAUUGCUACUAUAGAGAAAGGACACAGCCUAGUGAACUCCUUGAUUGAAACAGGAAGAGUUAGUGACCUGGGUUUAGUCGUAGUAGAUGAGUUGCACAUGCUUGGUGAGGGGAGUCGUGGAGCAACACUGGAAAUGAUUCUUGCAAAAAUUCUCUACACCAGCAAAACUACUCAGAUCAUUGGAAUGAGUGCAACAUUAAAUAAUGUUGGAGACCUGCAGCAGUUCCUGCAAGCGGAGUAUUACACUAAUAAUUUUAGACCAGUAGAAUUAAAGGAGUAUGUUAAAAUACGAGAUGGUAUCUAUGAAGUUGACAACAAAGCAGAGAAUGGCCUUACUUUUUCACGUCUUCUUAAUUUCAAGUAUGCUAGUAAUCUGCAGAAGAUGGACCCUGACCAUCUUAUUGCCUUGGUGGCAGAAGUCAUUCCAAAUUAUUCCUGUCUUGUCUUUUGUCCGACCAAAAAAAACUGUGAAAAUGUAGCUGAAAUGAUAUGCAAGUACCUGAACAAGGAAUAUAGAAAUCACAGGGAAAAUGAGAAACAUGAUCUUAUUAAGGACUUGAAGAAUAUUGGUAAGGGACAUCUCUGUCCUGUUCUAAAGCGAACCAUUCCAUUUGGUAUUGCCUACCAUCACAGUGGCCUCACCAGUGACGAAAGGAAACAUAUAGAGGAGGCUUAUUCAGCAGGUGUCCUGUGCCUUCUUACUUGCACAUCUACUUUAGCUGCUGGAGUCAACCUGCCAGCUCGAAGGGUUAUUUUAAGGGCUCCCUAUAUUGCUACAGAGUUUCUGAAGAAGAACCAGUAUAAGCAGAUGAUUGGCAGAGCUGGUCGAGCUGGUAUCGACAGUGCUGGUGAAAGUAUUCUUAUAGUGCAAGAAAAAGACAAAAAUCUGGUUCGGGAUUUAAUAAACAGUCCUUUGGAGAACUGUUACAGCAGCCUCUUCGUUGAAUACACUAAGGGAUUCCAAGGUCUGCUCCUAUCUUUGGUUGGAUUAAAGAUUGCAAGAAACCCUGAAGAAAUCUACCACUUUAUGUGCAGCACGUUGUUUGGUGUUCAGCAACAGUUUCUGUCUAAAGAAAAGAGCCUCUCAGAUAUAACUAGAGAAGCACUGGAAUGCCUGAUAGAAAAAGGACUCCUUAAAGGAAAAAUGAUCUCUGAAAAGGAACAGAAAUCCCAAAGUAAUCUAGAGAUCACACAGUUGGGUCAAGCUACCUACAAAGGGUCUAUAGAUUUGGCCUAUUGUGAUGCUCUCUACAGAGAUUUGAAAAAAGGGCUUCAGGGGCUGGUUCUUGAGAGCUGCCUUCAUCUUCUGUAUCUGACAACUCCCUAUGACAUGAUUUAUCACUGUAACCCAGACUGGAUGAUCUAUUUUAGACAAUUCAGCCAUCUCAGUUCAGUAGAGCAGAAGGUAGCAGCUACUGUAGGAGUCUCUGAAAGUUUUAUUACGAAGAAAGCUUCUGGACAAGCCAUCAAAAAAGAUGUGGACAACAGUGUUGUAAAUAGACUGUAUCUGUCCUUUGUUCUUUAUGACCUAUUGAAAGAGACCAACAUAUGGAAUGUUUCAGAAAAAUUUAACAUGUCUAGAGGAUAUGUUCAAAAUCUCCUGAACUCUGCUGCCUCAUUUUCCUCCUGUGUGCUGCACUUUUGUGAGGAGAUGGAGGAAUUUUGGGUUUAUAAAGCCCUGCUGACAGAACUUACAAAGCGACUGACCUAUUGUGUUAAGGCAGAACUCAUCCCUCUUAUGGAGGUGGCAGGGGUUUUAGAGUCUCGAGCAAAACAGCUGUAUGAUUCAGGAUAUAAAACUCUAGCACAUCUAGCUAAUGCGAAUCCAGAAACAUUGGUCAAGAUGAUCGAGCAUUUGUCACGACGUCAAGCUAGACAAAUUGUUUCAUCUGCAAAGAUGCUGCUAAGUGAAAAAGCUGAGGCUCUACAAGAAGAAGUUGAAGAACUGUUGAAGGUGCCUAAAGAUCCAUCUGAGGACAUCAUCCUAAUAACUUUGCCAUAAAAAACAUGAUGCAGUGGAAUUCUCAGCUCUUAAAAUUAUUUUAAUACUUUUUAAUGUACAUAUGUGUAACUAAAAGCUCCUGUUCUCAUAAUAAAUAUUCAGAACAUCUUUUUUGUAUCCCUAA